CGGUGGUAUUAGCUCGUAGGUUAGACUCGAUGAUCUCAGAGGUCUUUUCCAACCUAAUUGAUACUGUGAUUCUGCGAAUACUGUGUUGCCAGUAAUCCAGGGGUUACUGUCAAGUGAAGGAUCUGGUCCCAAUUCUGCAGGCUCAUGUGGCUGUCUGCUGCUUGGAUCUGUUCAGAUUCACAUAGAAAUGGAAGGGAGGUGAAAAAACACAGGUGGAUUUUGAAAAACAUGAGCUUGAUACAGCUUAAAUACCACAGUACAGAAAAAGUACUAAUAGUUGUGGCCAUCUGCACAAAGCACAUAACUGUAUGUUUAACUCUUCAUUUGUUUUUCCUUCAAGCAGCUCUGCAAAAGAUGGAUUUCUGUACAAAAUCAGACACAGAUAAUACAGUUUGGGCAUGUUUGAGACAUACAGUUGAAACCCCAUAUUUUCAGUUCCUGCAAAUGGAAGAGCAAUCUUCAUAUAAAACAUUUAAGAUUUUUAAAACCUUCACUGAGUACUCCUUCUGAAGCUCUGAGGCAAGUUUGCCAAAUCUGGGGCUGCAUCAUCGUUCUGCACAUCUGGAAGUGGUUUAUGGGCUCUCAUUCCUCCAGUGCAGCGUCUGGACUCUGUGCUAUUCCUCAGCAGCAGAGAAAGAAAAGAAAACCAGCACAACUCCAAAGUAAACUUUGAAGAGUCUGAAAAAGGAAUUGAAUCGUAAAACUGUUACUGUGCCCUGUAAGGCCCUUGUGCGGGUGACUUCAAAGGAGGAUGGUGGUCAAGGAGGCUUUGGCAAGAGUGCUCACAGCUGUGGGCUAUCUAGGAUCCAAGUAAAUAGCUCCUCAGCGCUUCAGGAGAGAGGAAUCCCGAAUACUGCUUUGAAGAGAUCAAAGUUCUCAUCCAACACGACAAUGGCUCUUUUAAAGAAAAUUAACCAGAUCUUACUGUUACUUCUUGUCUUAACUGUGUGUGCCAUUCUGUAUAACAAAGUUCACCAAGUGCCAUCGGCAUUAAAAAAUGAAACAGUCGAUUUGGAGAGUCCUGAGGAAAUGGAAGAAGAAAUCCCAGUGGUGAUCUGCGCUGCUGCGGGCAGGAUGGGUGCAGCUGUAGCAGCCAUCAGUAGCAUCCACAGCAACACAGAGGCCAGUGUUUUGUUCUACAUAGUUGGGCUGAAGACAACCAUCCCACAUAUUCGAAAAUGGAUUGAAAAUUCUAAACUGAAAGAAAUAAAAUUUAAGGUUGUAGAAUUCAACCCUAUGGUACUAAAAGGAAAAAUCAGACAAGAUGCAUCACGUCCUGAGCUACUGCAGCCUCUGAACUUUGUUCGAUUUUAUCUUCCUUUGCUUAUCCAGAAACAUGAGAAAGUAAUAUAUUUGGAUGAUGAUGUUAUUGUUCAAGGUGACAUCCAGGAACUCUACGAUACUAAGUUGGCUCCUGGACAUGCUGCAGCUUUUUCAGAUGAUUGUGAUCUGCCUUCUACACAUGAAAUGAUUAGAAGUGUAGGGAUGCAGAACACGUACAUGGGAUUCCUGGACUACAGAAAGCAAGCCAUCAGGGAUCUUGGCAUCAGCCCCAGCACCUGCUCCUUUAAUCCUGGAGUAAUUGUUGCUAACAUGACUGAAUGGAAACAUCAGCGGAUUACGAAGCAGUUGGAAAAGUGGAUGCAAAGAAAUGUAGAGGAAAACCUCUACAGCAGCACCCUUGGGGGAGGCGUGGCAACCUCUCCAAUGCUGAUUGUAUUUCAUGGAAAGUAUUCCUCUAUUAAUCCUAUGUGGCACAUAAGGCAUCUUGGUUGGAGUCCUGAUGCCCGUUACUCAGAGCAAUUUCUUCAAGAAGCUAAGUUACUUCACUGGAAUGGGAGAUACAAACCUUGGGACUAUCCCAGUGUCCACACUGAUCUGUGGGAAAACUGGUUUAUUCCUGACCCUUCAGGGAAGUUCAAAUUAACUCGCCCUGAUAGCUGAUACUGAAACAACUUAAAUACUGCAAAACAUAGUGUAUUGGAUGCAUGUAAUAGUUUGACACGCAGCAUAUGAGGAAUAUGAUUAACUGAUUCUAGAAAAUGAAGUAUUUGUUAAAUAUAUGAAUAACUGACCAUCACUUUUGUGUGCUUAGGGCUUGAGAGGGAGGCUGGAGUGACCAUUACACGGUUCAGAUUAUCCUGACUUACAUGUAAGGUGAGGAACUAGGUUUACUUGACAGUGAAGUAUUUUCAUUAUACAUUUACAGAGGUAAAACUCGGUGGCAGACAGUGUACUUUAAUGUAAGGUCUUUAUAAAUAAGACUCCAACGUCUUCUGGUAGAAAGACCUACCCAGCAGAUACCUGCAGUAUUACACACAAGGUGUCUUUAGUUGUCUGGCCCACAUUGAAAAGCAUGAAAUGAGAUCUUGGGCAUAUGUUACUGAGUAGAGUUGUGUUGAGUGGUGACUGUUUUGGGGUGUUUCUGCAUAUGACACAUCCUGUAGUGCAAUUAGACCUUUGCUAGCAACAUGUGAAAGCACAUUCCAAGACACUGUAGUACAAUUCCUGAUUUUAUUGUGAAACAUGGAUAGAUUCAAGACAGAUAAAGAACUUCUGUAUUACUGUAACAAAAAGAGCACCAGUUCUGAGGGAGGACACAUAGAAUUGCAGUAUUUAGUGAAAUGGUCAUUGUAGACUUAACCAGAUUUUGUACCCAGUGACUCCUUUAAAGAAGACACCUUUCCCUUCCACUCAAAGAGGAUAGCCUUUCAGGAGUUAAAUCCUACUGUGCUACAUACUCAGCAGUGCUAAUUCCAUGGUUCCAAUUUUGUUGAAAAUAAAAUAAUUGAAUUGUAA